AUGUGCUCCUGCGCCCCAGCUGCUGCUACGGAUCAUUCCCUCCAAGCCACCCCACUGUCCCAUCCUCUCUCCUUCCAUCCCUUCUCCAGCCACCUCCGUUUCUCUGAUCUCCCACACACUGGUAUGCAGCAGGUCACUAAAACACCUCCCAUACAACCUUCCCUGUCCCUCCAGCUCUUCAUGCAUCGACUGGGAUUGGUGAUACUCUCGGCUGUGGGAGGUGCGGAAGGGCGUUUCAUACUGCAUGCUGCUGCUGCUGCUGCUGCUGCUGCUGCUGCUGCUGCUGCUGCUGCUUCUGCUGCUUCUGCUGCUGCUGCUGCUGACGUUGCUUCUCCUCCUCCUUCUUCUGCUGCUGGCGUUCCUGGACCUGAUUUCCUCCCCUGGCUCUUGCAGAUCCUCAACAAGGAUAUCUGGAUCUGCUGA